CUGCCCCGCAUUGAAGCAGAGCUUCCAAUUCUUAUCUCGCGCGGGCGCAAGCCCUGCCCGCGUUACGUCCUCCAGCCCCUCCUCUCGUCCCUUCUAUGCAAUUCUUCCGCUCCCUCGCUGCCCUGACUCGAGUCGCGCGGCCUCCUCCAACACUGCAGCAACGAGUCUUCAGUCAAUUGCGAACUUUAAAAAUGGAUUACGAAACGAUUCUGCAGGGCAAGUACCCCGCCAAGCAGCAUGCGAAGCGCGUCGCCGACUACAUCCGCUCCAAGGUCCCCAAUGCGAGCGGCGUGCUAUACGUCGAGAGCCGCUCGACCAAGCUGCUUGAGGACAAUGACGAGCCCGAGCCGUUUCGACAGCGCCGCUUCUUCUACUACCUCUCGGGCUGCCCACUUGCCGAUUGCUACGUCGUGUACGACAUGGACACGGAAAAACUGACGCUCUUCAUCCCCCCUAUCGAUCCCGAGAGCGUCAUCUGGUCCGGUCUGCCCGUCUCCGCCGAGGAGGCCAAGGAGAAGUUCGACAUCGACGACGUCAAGUACACAAACGACAUCAACGCGACGCUUGCCCAUAUUGGCGCCGACAAGAUGAAGGCGACCGCCUUUGCGAUCUCAAGCCAGGUCUCGGACCAAGUCACGUUCCUCGAGUUUGACGAAACGAACUUCUCCAUACUGAAGGAGGCGAUCGAGGUGUCGCGCGUGGUCAAGGACGAGUUUGAGCUCGCCAUGAUCGCCAAGGCCAACGCCGUCAGCAGCAAGGCCCACCUCGCUGUGCUCCAAAAGGUCAAGCAUGUCAAGAACGAGCGGGAGCUCGAGGCUGUGUUUCUCGGCGAGUGCAUUGCUGCCGGCGGCCGCAACCAGGCGUACCACAGCAUCGUCGCCAGCGGCCGGGCUGCUGCGACGCUGCACUACGUGAAUAACAACGCGCCAAUGGCCGGAAAGCUGAACUUGCUGCUGGAUGCCGGCGCCGAGUGGGACUGCUAUGCAUCCGACAUCACAAGGACGUUCCCCAUCAAUGGCGAGUUCUCCAACGAGAGUCGAGCCAUCUACGACAUCGUCUUGAAGAUGCAGCUAGACUGCACCGCGAUGCUCAAGGAAGGAGUCCUAUGGGACGAUGUGCACCUGCUAGCGCACAAGAUUGCCAUCGACGGCUUGCUAGAGUUGGGCAUCCUGAAGGGCGACAAGGACGAGAUUCUCGCCAACCGGACCAGUGUUGCUUUCUUUCCCCACGGUCUCGGACACUACCUAGGCAUGGACACUCACGACACCGGCGGCAACCCGAACUAUGCCGACAAGGAUGCCAUAUUCCGAUAUCUGAGGGUGCGGGGCACGCUGCCCGCGGGGAGUGUGAUCACGGUCGAGCCGGGCAUCUAUUUCUGCAACUUCAUCAUCGAGCCCUUCCUGAAGGACCCGACGCACUCCAAAUACAUCGAUGCCGACGUGUUAGACAAGUACUGGGACGUCGGAGGCGUUCGGAUUGAGGACAAUAUCGUCAUCACCAAGACGGGGUCGGAGAACUUGACGCUUGCCAUCAAGGACCCAGCCGAGAUGGAGAAGAUCAUUUCGGUCAGCUAGAGCCGGUUUGACGUCAAAAACGCCGAGAUGUGUGAUGACACCUUGAUCCAUCAAGUCUUGCUUCGUGUACUUUGUAGGACGUGUUUACCCGACCCCCCGAUUGAUGCAAACAUG